AGCUCGUUGCUUACAUUACUACCACUACUACUCCCACCCUUCAUUACAUAUCCUGAUAUGCAUUGAGCAUCAGAGGGCACUUCUUUCAAAGAGGAAAGAAACAGAAGCUUCUCUCUUGUUCCAACAGUUAGCCAUGAAUCUCUUUCUACUCUUUAUCUUAGCUUUCUUGGUUCCAAGUUCCCUUCUAUUGGGAAUUCAGGCUUCUCAUUCCCACCGAACAAGAACAUUUUCUCAGAUUACUGUCAUGGGCCUUGUUUAUUGUGACACUUGCUCCAACAACUCCUUCUCCAAACACAGUUACUUCUUAUCAGGUGUAGAAGUUCGAAUCAGCUGCAAAUUCAAAGCAGAAACGCCGCGUACGGCGGAGCAGAUAGCAUUCUCAGUGAACAGAACAACAAACAAAUACGGAGUUUACAGAUUGGAAAUACCUUCGGUGGACGGAAUCCGAUGCGCAGAGGAUUCAGAGAUAGCGUCGUUCUGCCAAGCCAGUUUGAUCGGAAGUCCAUCGUCAUCUUGCAACGUCCCUGGAUACAGAACCACAUCGGAAGAAAUUUCGAUCAAAUCGAGAGAGGCAAACAUUUGCAUUUACAGCUUAAAUCCGCUCAAUUACAGGCCAUCAGCUAGAGAUGAUACCUUGUGUGGAAAUUAGUCGAACGAUGAAGAUGAUUACCUUUUGAUGAAGCUUCCUUUUGCCUCGCCCAAAUUUGUCGCCAUGGAUUGAACAAAAUUGUACAGUUUUAGAAGGAAUCAAAGCUCUCGUCUCUCUCAAUCUCUUUGCAAUUUAACCUUCCAAAGUCAAUAUUUGCAUGAUUUAUAUAUUAUCAACUAAA